CUCUGGGCGUGAACGAGCGGCCAGUGGGCGCGCCCGCUGCGACGUUGCGGAGGCUUCAAGAUGGCGGAAGCCUUGACAACUCAGGAGCAGCUGGCUGUGGAGGAGUUCCUGAGAGAAGUGAGGAGCAGGGAGCUCCCCCACAGCGCUGGGCUCGUCUCCCAGCCUACAGCUGUUAAGUUUCUUAUGGCCCGCAAGUUUGACGUCUCCAGGGCCAUCGAUCUAUUCCAAGCAUAUAAGAAUACCCGGAUCAAAGAGGGUAUCAUCAAUAUAAACCCCGACGAGGAGCCCCUCCGCUCUGAGCUGCUGAGUGGCAAAUUUACAGUCCUGCCUGGCCGAGAUGCUAAUGGUGCUGCCCUGGCACUCUUCACUGCUCGCCUCCAUCGGUCAGACAUCACCACCCACAAAGCUGUUCUGCAGGCCAUCAUCUAUCAGCUGGAUAAAGCCAUAGAGAGUUUGGAAACUCAAAGAGACGGACUCAUAUUUAUUUAUGACAUGACAAACUCAAGUUAUGGAAAUUUUGACUACGAGCUCUGUGUCAAGAUUUUGAAUUUGCUCAAGGGGGCGUUUCCUGCCCGAUUAAAAUGCGUCUUCAUUGUGUCCUCUCCGCUUUGGUUCCGAGCGCCAUUUGCAGUUCUUCGACUUUUUGUCAGAGAAAAGCUGAGGGAAAGGGUAUCUACAGUGAGAGCUCACGAGUUGGUCAGUCAUAUUCCAGUCUCCUCCCUCCCUGAGCAUCUUGGUGGGACAUCCCAGUACAGCCACGUGGCCUGGAUCCAGUCCUGUGUUAACAUGCAGUCCAACACCGCCCUGGGUGACACACAGGAACACGACACGCAUGACUGCGUGGGAAGCCUGUUGCGCUCCUACAGCUUGGACAAUAGCAACGCAAGCAUUGGUACAGUGCCUUCCCACACCCUCCAGGGUACUGAGCGAGCCGUGGCUAACGUCAACUGCUACGAUGACAACAAUGCUAACCCUCAGAACCACAUUGUCGGUGUGGAGGGCAGGACUCAAGGCCCAGGCCAGUACCAACAGGGCUCCAACUCCAGUUCAGACAAGUCGCAGGGGAACCACCAGCACUGGAACGGUACGGCCUUGAGCGGAGCCAACACAGGCGUUGGUCCCAACUCAAAUGUGAACGGCCGUGGCUGCCGAGCCCCUACCCAGUCAGACACUCCCCCCAACACGCCGCUAUCACAGAAAGCCGAUGACGACCCAGCAGCUGGCAUCACAACCAACCCCGCCAGCCAGUUUCAGAACGAAGCUGUGAAGGAGGAGGAUGAGGACGAAGAACGGGAAGGGGUUCCUCCGCUGCCUCAGAAAGCUCUGCCCCGCCCACCCAACCAGCCUGCAUCGCAGUCCCCACCCCUGUCUUCAUCAUGGGGUCCGGAUGAUGAUGAGAAUUGUUACACUGAGGUAUCGGUUCACACACCUGACCAGGGAGGAAUGAUGGUCCAUCAGCUGGUGGAGUACGUCAAGAGGAAGAAGAAGAAAGGGAUUUACCAGGAGUACGAGGACAUUCGCAAGGAGCCUCCAGCCGGCACCUUCGACUAUUCCAAGAAAAUGUCAAAUCAGAUUAAAAACCGGUACAGUGAUGUUCUGUGCCUGGACCAGUCACGGGUCAGACUCUGUCAGCUCUGUGAUGAUGAAGAUGAGACAUCAGAUUACAUAAAUGCCAGUUUCAUGGAUGGGUACAAGAGAAGCAAUGCCUACAUCGCUACUCAAGGUCCGUUGCCAAAAACAUUUGUUGACUUCUGGCGAAUGGUAUGGGAGCAGAUGGUACUUAUCAUUGUCAUGACCACCAGGGUUGUAGAGCGUGGACGGGUCAAAUGUGGUCAGUACUGGCCGCUGGAGGAGGGUAGAACUGAACAGCAUGGAUACUUUAUGGUUAAAAACACACACAUCCAGGUGUUUCAGGACUUCAAGCUCUCCUAUCUUGAACUAUACAACACACAGUCUGGAGAGAAACGGGAAGUUUGUCACUACCUCUAUGUCAGCUGGCCAGACUUUGGGGUGCCUAAAAGUGCUUCAGCUAUGUUGGACUUUCGUGAGCAUGUACUUGAAAGACGGAAGGCAGCAGUGCAAAGCUUGGGGUCCAGCUGGAGGGGCCCUCCAGGGGGCCCUCCGGUGGUCGUACAUUGCAGUGCUGGCAUUGGCCGGACAGGCACAUUCUGCACACUCGACAUCUGCCUGUCACAGCUGGAGGACGUAGGCACAGUAAACGUUCAUCAGACGGUGCGAAGGAUGCGCACGCAGAGGGCUUUCAGCAUCCAAACCUGGGACCAGUACUAUUUUUGCUACACUGCCGUCAUAGAGUACGCCCAGCGACAUGGGAGACUGAGCCCAGUGCAGUGGUCCGACUCAGAAUUAGAAACAGACAGCGAGUGAGACACACUUGCACGGAUGGUUAGUUGAACAUAAACAGACGUGAUAGGAGUACAUAUUCCUAUAGAGGAGAGGAGCAGCAUUUCUUAGUAAAGGAUGGAGGAGAUCCUUUGACCAUAAAAGAGAGAAGAGACGAUGGAGACUCCAACCGUUGCUCUUUCCUCACACAAGAUGCAGCUGAAGAGCCGGAGCAGAAAAUGCAGUGCAGGAGAGACUAUGCACUGCAGCAGCGAUAAGCAAGCUGGCCUGCCAAUAUCCAAGCCCUUUUUUUUUAUUAAGCAAACUACAGAGGGGAGGGGGCUUGGCCUGCCCUUACACACGCCACGUUGACAAAAGCGUUGUACGACUUGUAGCAUUUUUAUAUUGACUUGCACAUGAGGAAUGAUAAACUUGAACCUUUACCCCUUCAAGCCCUCCAAAUCCAAGUAUCAGUUCCUUUUUAUAAUUCUUGUUCCUUUUCAAACAAGUCUGGUUACAGAUGAAAUGCGACAUGUGUGAAAAGGUGAAACUUGAAAACAUUUCUUGUUUUAUUUUUUUUUGUUUGUUUGUUUUGUUUUUUGCUCAUUUAAGAAGAAAUGGUUUUUGGUGAGACAUUUUGUGACCGACUAUUUGCGAGCCAUUUUGUUCAUUUCCAUUUUAUUCAACUAUUUCAUAUCCAUUUUUAUUUGAUGACAUAAGAUUUAUAUGCGCUUCAUAUUUGUGCAUAUUUAGACUAACUUUUUAAAGCCAAAGUCUUCACCCUGAAUGCUUGGAUGUACUCCUUCCUGAGAUCUUAUAGACUGAAAUCCACAUAUAUUCCUCUAACAUACAUGUAUAUUUUAUUGUGCAUAAUAACAUCCUCUGAAAUACAAGCUUACAAUGCCUAGCGGAGUAUAAUUGACUUAACCUUGAGAGAGAAGGACUAUGUAGCAAACCAGACUGAGAAUAACUAGAGUUCUGGUUUUUAAACGCAUCUUUUUUGGCAAAUCUCUGGGUCAGGUUCUAACAUCAUAUUGCUGAUAUAUGCUGUACAUGCAUUAAGACUGGACGUUCUUGAGUAAUUUGGCCUUAAUCCAAUUCACUGCCUCAAACAGAGCCUUGUAGAGGUAUUUAUACCCCUUGAACUGUUUCACAUUUUUCUCGCAUCACAACUGCAGACAUCCUUGUAUUUUAAUGGAAUUUUUGUGUUAUAGACCAAGACAAAGUAUUUUAUAAUGUGAAGUUAGGACAUGGUUUAUAAAAGUUUGUGCAAAUGAAAAUCUGUGGUGUGAAUUUUUAUUUAAUUAAAAAAAAAAAAAAAAAAAACUUUCUUGCUACUUGUCCACGCAGGACAGAUUUGUGAAUUGCUAAUGGUUGUGUCUGUCAGCAAGUUCUCUCACCUAACCUGCGGAUCUAAGGGCGUUUAAAACAGUGUAUCAUUGUUCUUCCAUCUCACAAUUAUAAACGACUGUGUUGAUCAAUCACAUAAAAUUGUAUUAAAUGCAAUGUGGGUUGCUGUUGUGGUACAAGAUGUGAUAUAGUUCAGUGAGAAUGAGUACUUCAGCAAAGCACUGUACUCGUCAAAACAAAAUCACCUUUUUAACUUGUAAUUCUCUUCUCUUUUUUUUAAUCUUCCUCCCUUGACACAAUAGUUGUUUGAUUCUUGAGGCGUUUUGUGCCUCAGAUAACGGUGCCUUCAUGUUUUCCUUAGUGUAAUAUCUUGCUAGUGUGUUGUAACGCCCAAACUAGUGCACUUGCUUACUGCACAUUAUGUGUGUCACAAAGGACGUCCAGUUUAGAGCACACUACUUAAGAAAACAAAGUAGUGUAGUAUUUAGUAGUAAGCUCUGGUUUGAGACAUGGCUAUAGUUUCAUCUUUUGACCUCAGGGGGUAACUCUAGUUUCCUUUUUUUUUUUUUCUUUUUUUUUUUUUUUUUACGUGUCAAGGAUCAGUUUCUGAGUUUGUCUCUGAUAAAUUAUCAUUUAAGAAAAACAUCCUUUUUUUGUAUUUUUUAACUGUAUUUUAUCCUACUGUAUUUGUCUUUGUACUUCUUCAAUAUCAAAGUCCGUGAAUGUGGGUACGAUGCUACAAAGAAAACAGACCAGUUAUUACAUAUAAUAAGCUGAACAAAUCUCAAGGGGAGUGAAAUGUAUAUUUUUUGUUGUAGACGGAUACAUUUUGUUGAAAAUUGUAACUUGUCAUAUUUUCAGAACUAACAUGUAAAAGUGUUUGUCCAAUUUUGGGCAGCUAUUCUUUGGGGUGGGGGUCUGUAACUCCUUUUAUUUUUUAUUUUUCUUGAGGUUUUAUUACAGAACCCUUUAGUAAGGAUGGUGUUACCAUCCAGUUAUCUCAUACCCUAAGCCAAGGACAAAGCAAAAAAAAAAAAUUAACACAAGGAAUAAUUAACAAAAAAAAACAAAACUAUCUUAAACAUAAGCACCUGUCAUUUCUGUUAUAUGUAUAAAAGGAGUUAAUCAGCAUGGAAAGAGCCUUGAAUGUUUUUUGGGGUAAUGGUGUCAGAAGAUAGUCAAACGUACACGGAUAUUUUCUUGUGAAUGUGGACCCUGCAACCCUUAAUGCCAAAGGCCCAGGCUCACCUUAUUUUUUUAUUUUAUUUUUAACAUUCUCAAUAGCCUUCUUGCAUGGACACUACCAGUACAGCCUUUCAUUCAUAGAGCAAUUCCCCAAGUGUUCCCCAGAGCACAUGGAGAACAUUGCUAACAUUUAUGUAAAGCCAUGUUAAUAUGAGAAAGUGUAUGGGGGAGUGCUGGUCCCUGUGCUUUACUUUUAAUUUUAUAUGGGAAAGAUGGAACACAAUUUGGACUGGUCUUUGUUUUUCACAUUUCAGUGCUUUAAGUUAAUGUGAUUGAAUUAUGGCCUUUUACAUGCUGUCAACCCAUUAAAGCAAUGAUCUUACUAUCUUGAA